AUGUCGACCUCCAUCCUCCGCCAGGCCGCCCGCUCUAUCCCGCGCUCGCAGCGCACCUUCGCGACCAGCGCCGUUGCCCGUCGCGACCUUGUCCAGGACCUUUACAUUAAGGAGCUCAAGGGUUACAAGGCGCCUCCUGCUGCCAAAGAUGCGCACGUUGGUGCCGUCAAGCAGUUCUCGACGCCCUCCCAGCCCACUCCUCCGGCACUCCCCACCGACCUCGCAUCCGAGCUCUCGGCCUACGACGCUGCCGACCCCGUCAAGGCUGCCGCCGCCACCAAGGCGACCGGCACUGCUGAGCCCGUUGGCGCUGGCGCGGAGGCAUUCCUCGAGCAGCUCGAGGCGGAUGAGGUUGAGGAGCACCACCACUAG